GAGAGGGGUUGAGUCAAGAUGGCGGCCAAGGUGGCGAAGCAGCAGCAGCGGCGGCGGCGGCGGCGGCUGGAGUGAGCUCCCCGCUUGCCGCGCCGAGCGAGGUCCCGGGGUAGGGCCGCGCGCCGGGGCCGCGUCCUGCUGCUCAGGCCCGGGGGCGCGCCGGCUACCACGCUCCGCCAGCUCCUGGUGGUUUCCUAGAAACAUGGUUGUUUGUUGGACUUGAUCUCACAGCCUGGUGAGGACUUCUUUACUGAUAAUGUCAAGUUCAGGUUAUCCUCCCAACCAAGGAGCAUUCAGCACAGAACAAAGUCGUUAUCCUCCCCACUCUGUUCAGUACACCUUUCCCAGCACGCGUCACCAGCAGGAAUUUGCAGUCCCUGAUUAUCGUUCUUCUCAUCUCGAAGUCAGCCAGGCAUCACAGCUCCUGCAGCAGCAGCAGCUUCGCAGACGGCCCUCCCUGCUUUCAGAAUUUCACCCGGGUUCGGACAGGCCUCAAGAAAGGAGAACUGGAUAUGAACAGUUUCACCCAGGGCCAUCCCCCGUGGAUCAUGAUUCCCUGGAAUCCAAGCGACCACGUCUGGAGCAGGUUUCUGAUCCCCAUUUCCCGCGCGUCAGCGCCGCGGUUUUACCUGUCGUGCACACGCUGCCAGAAGGGUUGAGGUCUUCUGCAGACGCUAAGAAGGAUCCAGCAUUUGGAGGCAAACAUGAAGCUCCAUCCUCUCCAAUCUCUGGGCAGCCAUGUGGAGAUGAUCAAAAUGCUUCACCUUCAAAACUUUCAAAGGAAGAGUUAAUACAGAGUAUGGAUCGUGUAGAUCGAGAAAUUGCAAAAGUAGAACAGCAGAUCCUUAAACUGAAAAAGAAACAACAACAGCUCGAAGAAGAAGCGGCUAAACCUCCUGAGCCUGAGAAGCCUGUGUCCCCUCCUCCCGUGGAGCAGAAACACCGCAGUAUUGUCCAAAUUAUUUAUGAUGAGAAUCGGAAAAAAGCAGAAGAAGCUCAUAAAAUAUUUGAAGGUCUUGGCCCAAAAGUUGAACUGCCACUCUAUAACCAGCCAUCGGAUACCAAGGUGUAUCAUGAGAACAUCAAGACUGGAGUACCUGCAAGGCGCAUGAUGAAAAACCAGGUGAUGAGGAAAAAACUCAUUUUAUUUUUUAAAAGAAGAAAUCAUGCAAGAAAACAAAGGGAACAAAAAAUCUGCCAACGUUAUGAUCAGCUCAUGGAGGCAUGGGAGAAAAAAGUGGACAGAAUAGAAAAUAACCCCCGGAGGAAAGCUAAAGAAAGCAAAACAAGGGAAUACUAUGAAAAGCAGUUUCCUGAAAUUCGAAAACAAAGAGAACAACAAGAAAGAUUUCAGCGAGUUGGGCAGAGGGGAGCUGGUCUUUCAGCCACCAUUGCUAGGAGCGAGCAUGAGAUUUCUGAAAUUAUUGAUGGGCUCUCUGAGCAGGAGAAUAAUGAGAAACAAAUGCGGCAGCUCUCUGUGAUCCCGCCUAUGAUGUUUGAUGCAGAACAGAGACGGGUCAAGUUCAUCAACAUGAAUGGGCUCAUGGAGGACCCUAUGAAGGUUUAUAAAGAUAGGCAGUUUAUGAAUGUUUGGACUGACCACGAGAAGGAGAUCUUUAAGGACAAGUUUAUCCAGCAUCCAAAAAACUUUGGACUAAUUGCAUCCUACUUGGAAAGGAAGAGUGUUCCUGAUUGUGUUUUAUAUUACUACUUAACCAAGAAAAAUGAGAAUUAUAAAGCCCUAGUAAGAAGGAAUUAUGGAAAACGCAGAGGAAGAAACCAGCAGCAAAUUGCCCGACCCUCACAAGAAGAAAAAGUAGAAGAAAAAGAAGAAGAUAAAGCAGAAAAAACAGAAAAAAAAGAAGAGGAAAAGAAAGAUGAAGAAGAAAAAGAUGAAAAGGAGGACUCUAAAGAAAAUGCCAAGGAAAAGGACAAGACGGAAGGUACAGCAGAAGAAACGGAGGAGAGAGAGCAGGCCACACCCCGGGGACGAAAGACCGCCAACAGUCAGGGCCGCAGAAAGGGCCGCAUCACCCGGUCCAUGACCAACGAAGCGGCGGCGGCCAGCGCUGCGGCCGCUGCGGCCACUGAGGAGCCCCCGCCGCCUCUGCCACCCCCACCAGAACCCAUUUCCACAGAGCCUGUAGAAACCUCUCGAUGGACAGAAGAAGAAAUGGAAGUCGCUAAAAAAGGUCUUGUAGAACAUGGUCGUAACUGGGCAGCGAUUGCCAAAAUGGUGGGGACUAAAAGUGAAGCACAGUGCAAAAACUUCUAUUUUAACUAUAAAAGGCGACAUAAUCUUGACAACCUUUUGCAACAGCAUAAACAGAAAACUUCACGGAAGCCCCGUGAAGAGCGAGACGUGUCCCAGUGUGAAAGUGUAGCUUCCACUGUUUCUGCUCAGGAGGAUGAAGAUAUUGAAGCUUCUAAUGAAGAAGAAAAUCCAGAAGACAGUGAAGGUGCUGAAAAUAGUUCUGAUACAGAAAGUGCUCCUUCUCCUUCACCAGUUGAAGCUGUCAAGCCCAACGAGGAUAGCACUGACAAUGCGACUUCUCGAGGAAACGCAGCGCCUGGGGCUGAGCUCGAACCCAGCACAGAACCUGUACCCUGUGCAUCUCCCUCCUCAGCAGUGCAAAGUGCAAAACCAGUCGAAAGUGAAAGUGUGGAGACACAGGCGAACGACAGCAUUGCGGUGGAGGCAGAGCCGAUGGAUGUCGAACGGCAGGAGCACGGUGCUGAAGUGACUUCUGUUCUUGACCUCCCCACGCCUGCCAAAUCAGACUCUGUAGACGUUGAGAUGGGGGCGCCGGAAAGCAAUCCAUCCAGAGUCGAAGGUGAUGCCAAAGAAGGAGACCUGGAGAGAGCCAGCACGAAGACAGAGCCUAGAGAUGAGGACAUGGUGGUGGCCCAGCAGAUAGGCGCCCAGAGGCCCGAGCCCCAGUCAGACAAUGACUCUAGUGCCACCUGCAGUGCGGAUGAAGAUGUGGAUGGAGAGCCCGAGAGGCAGAGAAUGUUUCCUAUGGACUCAAAGCCUUCAUUGUUGAACCCCCCUGGAUCUAUACUGGUCUCAUCCCCAAUAAAACCAAAUCCACUGGACUUGCCACAGCUUCAGCACAGAGCUGCUGUUAUCCCGCCAAUGGUUUCCUGUACCCCAUGUAAUAUACCGAUUGGAACCCCAGUGAGCGGGUAUGCCCUCUACCAGCGACACAUUAAAGCAAUGCAUGAGUCCGCACUCCUUGAAGAACAGCGGCAGAGGCAAGAACAGAUAGAUCUGGAAUGUAGAAGUUCUACAAGUCCCUGUGGCACCGCCAAGAGUCCAAACAGAGAGUGGGAAGUCCUGCAGCCUGCUCCGCAUCAAGUGAUAACUAAUCUCCCUGAAGCGGUUCGGCUUCCGACAACUCGACCCACCAGGCCACCUCCUCCUCUCAUCCCAUCAUCCAAAACCACAGUGGCUUCAGAAAAACCAUCUUUCAUCCUGGGAGGCUCCAUCUCACAGGGAACACCUGGCACUUACUUGACUUCUCAUAAUCAGACUUCCUACACUCAAGAAGCAGCUAAGCCCUCAGUCGGCUCUAUAUCUCUCGGACUGCCGCGGCAACAGGAAUCUGCCAAAUCAGCUACUGUGCCCUACAUCAAGCAGGAAGAAUUUUCUCCCCGAAGCCAAAACUCACAGCCUGAAGGUUUAUUGGUCAGGGCACAACAUGAAGGAGUGGUCAGAGGGACCACAGGAGCCAUUCAAGAAGGAAGUAUAACUCGGGGAACGCCAGCUAGCAAAAUUUCCGUGGAAGGCAUCCCAUCCCUGCGGGGCUCGAUCACUCAGGGUACCCCAGCCCUGUCACAGGCUGGCAUACCAACUGAGGCGUUGGUGAAGGGAUCCAUUUCUAGAAUGCCCAUUGAGGAGAGCAGUCCUGAGAAAGGCAGAGAGGAAGCUGCAUCCAAAGGUCAUGUUAUUUAUGAAGGCAAGAGUGGACACAUCUUAUCCUACGAUAAUAUUAAAAAUGCCCGAGAAGGGACGAGGAGUCCAAGAACAGCUCAUGAAAUCAGUUUAAAAAGAAGCUAUGAAUCAGUGGAAGGAAAUAUAAAGCAAGGGUUGUCGAUGAGGGAGUCUCCUGUUUCAGCACCGUUGGAGGGGCUGAUAUGCCGAGCAUUACCCAGGGGGAGCCCUCAUUCUGACCUCAAAGAAAGGACUGUGCUGUCUGGUUCCAUAAUGCAGGGCACACCAAGAGCAACAACGGACAGUUUCGAAGACGGUCUUAAGUACCCCAAACAGAUUAAAAGGGAGAGUCCUCCCAUGCGAGCAUUUGAAGGCGCCAUCACCAAAGGAAAACCAUAUGACGGCAUUACCACCAUCAAAGAAAUGGGGCGUUCCAUUCAUGAGAUUCCACGGCAAGAUAUUUUAACUCAGGAAAGCCGAAAAACUCCAGAGGUGGUCCAGAGCACAAGGCCAAUAAUCGAAGGUUCCAUCUCCCAGGGCACACCAAUAAAGUUUGACAGCAACUCAGGUCAAUCUGCCAUCAAACACAACGUCAAAUCCUUAAUCACGGGGCCUAACAAACUACCCCGUGGAAUGCCUCCACUGGAAAUCGUACCAGAGAACAUAAAAGUGGUAGAACGGGGAAAAUAUGAGGAUGUGAAAGCAGGCGAGCCAGUGCGUUCCCGACACACAUCGGUGGUAAGCUCUGGCCCCUCCGUCCUCAGGUCAACACUUCAUGAAGCUCCCAAAGCGCAGCUGAGCCCGGGGAUUUAUGACGACAGUAGUGCACGGCGGACCCCUGUGAGUUAUCAAAACACCAUGUCCAGAGGCUCGCCUAUGAUGAACAGAACUUCUGAUGUUACGAUUUCCUCUAGCAAGUCUACUAAUCAUGAAAGAAAAUCGACCCUGACCCCUACCCAGAGGGAAAGUAUACCAGCGAAGUCUCCAGUACCUGGGGUGGACCCUGUAGUAAGCCACAGCCCUUUUGAUCCCCACCAUAGGGGCAGCACCACAGGAGAGGUUUAUCGGAGCCAUCUUCCCACACAUUUGGAUCCAGCCAUGCCGUUUCACAGGGCUCUGGAUCCUGCAGCUGCUGCUUACCUGUUUCAGAGACAGCUCUCCCCAACCCCAGCGUACCCCAGUCAGUACCAGCUUUAUGCAAUGGAGAACACCAGACAGACAAUCCUCAAUGAUUACAUUACCUCACAGCAGAUGCAAGUGAAUCUGCGCCCGGAUGUGGCCAGAGGCCUCUCCCCACGGGAGCAGCAGCUGGGCCUCCCGUACCCAGCCACAAGGGCAGGAAUCAUUGACCUGACCAACAUGCCUCCAGCGAUUUUAGUGCCUCAUCCCGGGGGCACGAGUACGCCUCCCAUGGACAGAAUCACUUAUAUUCCUGGCACACAGAUUACUUUCCCGCCCAGGCCGUACAACUCUGCGUCUGUGUCUCCAGGACACUCGACGCACCUUGCAGCGGCUGCGAGUGCUGAGCGGGAGCGGGAGCGGGAGAAGGAGCGGGAGCGGAUCGCCGCGGCCGCGUCCUCAGACCUCUACCUUCGGCCAGGCUCGGAACAGCCGGGCCGACCGGGCAGUCAUGGAUACGUCCGCUCCCCGUCCCCUUCAGUAAGAGCCCAGGAGACCAUGUUGCAGCAGAGACCCAGCGUGUUCCAAGGAACCAAUGGAACCAGUGUAAUCACACCUUUGGAUCCAAGUGCUCAGCUCCGAAUCAUGCCGCUGCCCGCUGGGGGCCCGUCGAUAAGCCAGGGCCUGCCGGCCUCCCGCUACAGCACCGCUGCAGACGCCCUGGCUGCCCUUGUGGACGCCGCAGCCUCUGCCCCCCAGAUGGAGGUUUCCAAAACCAAAGAGAGUAAGCAUGAAGCUUCCAGGUUAGAAGAAAAUUUGAGAAGCAGGUCAGCAGCAGUUAGUGAACAGCAGCAGCUAGAGCAGAAACCCCUGGAGGUGGAGAAGAGAUCUGUUCAGUGUCUGUACACUUCUGCAGCCUUUCCAAGUGGCAAGCCCCAGCCUCAUUCUUCAGUAGUUUAUUCUGAGGCUGGGAAAGAUAAAGGGCCUCCUCCAAAAUCCAGAUAUGAGGAAGAGCUAAGGACCCGAGGGAAGACUACCAUUACUGCAGCUAACUUCAUAGACGUGAUCAUCACCCGGCAAAUUGCCUCGGACAAGGAUGCAAGGGAACGUGGCUCUCAAAGUUCAGACUCUUCUAGUAGCUUAUCUUCUCAUCGGUAUGAAGCACCCGGCGAUGCUAUUGAGGUGAUCAGCCCUGCUAGUUCACCUGCGCCGCCCCAGGAGAAACUGCAGGCCUAUCAGCCAGAGGUGGUGAAGGCAAAUCAAGCAGAAAGUGAAGCCAGCAGACAGUACGAAGGGCCAUUACAUCACUACCGACCCCAGCAGGAACCACUGUCUCCACAACAGCAACUGCCCGCCUCCUCACAGGCCGACGGCGUGGGGCAGGUGCCUAGGACCCACCGCCUGAUCACACUUGCUGAUCACAUCUGUCAAAUUAUCACACAAGAUUUUGCUAGAAAUCAAGUUUCCUCACAGCCUCCCCAGCAGCCUCCCACUUCUACAUUCCAAAACUCACCAUCUGCUUUGGUGUCCACACCUGUGAGGACUAAAACAUCAAAUCGUUAUAGCCCAGAAUCCCAGUCUCAGUCUGUCCACCAUCAAAGACCAGGGUCAAGGGUCUCUCCAGAAAAUCUUGUGGACAAAUCCAGGGGAAGGCCUGGAAAAUCCCCAGAGAGGAGUCACGUCCCUUCCGAGUCCUACGAGCCCAUCUCCCCGCCCCAGGUCCCAGUUGUGCAUGAGAAACAGGACAGCAUGCUGCUACUGUCUCAGAGAGGAGCGGAGCCCGCAGAACAGAGGAAUGAUUCCCGCUCACCGGGGAGUAUAAGCUACUUGCCUUCGUUCUUCACCAAGCUUGAAAACACGUCACCCAUGGUUAAAUCAAAGAAGCAGGAGAUUUUUCGUAAGUUGAACUCCUCUGGUGGAGGUGACUCUGAUAUGGCAGCCGCUCAGCCGGGAACUGAGAUCUUUAAUCUGCCAGCGGUGACUGCCUCAGGCUCGGUUAGCUCUAGAGGUCAUUCUUUCGCUGAUCCCGCCAGUAAUCUUGGUCUGGAAGACAUUAUCAGGAAGGCUCUCAUGGGAAGCUUUGAUGACAAAGCGGAGGAGCACGGAGUUGUCAUGUCCCAGCCUGUGGGCGUGGUGCCUGGCGGCGCUAACACCUCCGUUGUGACCGGUGGUGAGACACGGAGAGAGGAAGGGGACCCGUCGCCUCAUUCAGGAGGAGUUUGCAAACCAAAGCUGAUCAGCAAGUCAAACAGCAGGAAAUCUAAAUCUCCUAUCCCUGGGCAAGGCUACUUAGGAACUGAGAGGCCCUCUUCCGUCUCCUCUGUACAUUCAGAAGGGGAUUACCACAGGCAGACGCCAGGGUGGGCCUGGGAAGACAGGCCCUCUUCAACAGGCUCAACUCAGUUUCCAUAUAACCCUCUGACUAUGCGGAUGCUCAGCAGUACGCCACCAACACCGAUCGCAUGCGCCCCCUCUUCCGUGAACCAAGCGGCCCCGCACCAACAGAACAGGAUGUGGGAGCGGGAGCCAGCCCCGCUGCUCUCCGCACAGUACGAGACGCUGUCCGAUAGUGACGACUGAACCGCCCAGGGAGGGGCUCUCGGUGGGGCCGGGGCGUGGGGCGGGCAGCUCUCGUUUCGGUGGGGUUUAUUUUUAACGGCGGGUCAAAAAUCUGACCUCCUCUGACUUGUGCCCAGAGACUUUGAGAGCCUGGACCACGGGUGAUGAAGAAAUGAUGAAAAAUUUAUUUGGAGAAUCAAAUGGGGGGAGGGGUGGGGGGCUGCAUUUGCUCCAGGCAGUUCGGUGGAGUCUAAUAGUGGAGGGUUGAAAUGUAGAGUUUUUAAAAAGUGGACAAUUCCUGUUCUUACAUCUGUUUGUAAAGAAAACCAUAAUGUCUUUAAAUCACUCUUCUGUAAAUAGAUGAACUUUUUUGCAGUGUUUCCCCUUGCUGUAGUAUCUGAGUGUACUUAUGUUCAAAUCAGCGCAUCAACUUUGGGGGUAAUUUUAAGAAAACAAACUCCGCACCUAUCUUUUUAACGCUUGCCUUCUAAACGACCUCAUACAGCCCAGUUACAUAAUGUUGGCUGUCACGGGCAUUGUACUUUUAUCCAGUUUUGUUUCCUCUAAAUUCAGAUUUCCGGUGAUGUUUCAAAUCUUGUGGAAAUGUUUAGAUUUUUAACACAGACCCUCGCAUAAAAUCUGUACAUUACGUUAUUAGGGUCAAAGGUAAGAGAAACUAAAUUCUGCCAUACUGUAAAUUUCCAGUGCAGGCUUUAAUUUUUUUCAAUUAGUAGCACUGAAAAAAUAUUACUGCAUGGGUAUGUUAUAGUUCAGGUUUUAAAGUUGAAAAAAAAAAA